AUGACACACAGGGUAGACGGAGCAUUCCGCACGCGACGCGCACAAUCGGUAGGCAUUUUUUGGUACGAACCAGGUUUCUAUGCCGGUGUUGUCUCAAGUGCGUUCACUUUGGGCCGAUUCUUGAGCGGUUAUUUUUGGGGACAUGUCUCCGACUCCUGCGGCAGGAAGCUGGUGAUCAUCAUCGGGUUGUUGACUACCACCACCGUGUCGCUGACCUUCGGUCUGUCGACAAAGUACUGGGUCGCCCUUUCGUCAAGGUUUGCUCUCGGUCUGAUGAAUGGAAUCACCCCUGCGGUGAGAACAAUUCUGCACGACAUUUGCGGCACCGAGCACGUCGUUCAAGCCUUCGCCUACAUUGACGGGACGAAGGCCGUUGGCAUCGUUUUUGGUUCGGCGAUAGGGGGGCUCCUGGUGCAGCCAGCCGAACACUACCCGAGCUUGUUUGCUGCCACGGGCGUUUUCGGGAGUGCGAGAUACGGCACGUUUAACUACCUCUUCAAAAGGAAGCGUAAGGUCGAAUUCGGGGAAGAAGCGAGUAACGCGACGCCGUUCGCCUCGGCUUCCACAAAGGGGCAGCAGGCGCCAGAGCCGGGGUUGUUGGGAGAGGGGGGGAUUCUGUCCACGCCCAAGGUCAAGACCAUCCUCCUCCUUGCGUGCGUCGUGCAGUCGUUGUUCACCGGAUUCGAAGAGGUUUACCCUUUGUGGGCGCUCAGUAUCGUGAGCGUCGGGGGACUGGGGUGGAGCACCGUCGAGAUCGGAAAGGUACUUCUCACGACCGGCCUGAUCAUGGUGCCCCUUCAGCUGUUUAUUUUUCCCUCGUUCGUCAAGGCUCUGGGUGCCGUGCGUUGGAUGCGAAUGGGGUGCUUCUUGGACACUGUCGCUGUCCUGGCUACUCCUAACGCCACGUUCGUCGGCUUCAACAGCAUCACUCUGUUCGUCUUUUCGGUUGCGAGUACCACUGUGGUCAACUGUUCCUUUUCGGCGGUAUGUGCAAAACGAUCGACUAGUUGGUUUAUGAUUAGUGGGUUUCGACAGUCCAGUUGGGCGUUUCGUAUUCGAGGCCAAAUACACUGGUAUCACCUGGGAAAACGGUACGACCAUGAGUUGGUCUUGGACGCCAUCAAGCCAAUUGCCCGCGGCGGCGCCCCGCAGGAAUUGCAGCUCAGUCUCGUGAAGGUCACAUUCGUUAUCCUUGGCUGCGCAUUUGAUUCUCCGGCCACGACUCAUCCCCUGUACGCGCGACAACGUGAACCUGAUGCUACGCCGUAGGUUGGCAUGUCACUGUCAGUGGCGUCGACGAGUAUCGUCCCGUCCAGAUUGCGGGGGGAGCUCAGCGGGCUAUACCACAUGGCGGAGAGCUCCGGCCGCGUCAUUAGAGCCAUCGGGUUCGCCGCCAUGUUCGCGUGGUCCAUCGCCCCUCACUCUACGCCGCACGCGUGGGUUGACCACCACUUCGCGUUCUACGCGUUUGCUCUGGCGUUGAGCGUGGUGUCGGUGCUAGCCAGGCGGACCCUGACCUCGGAUAUUUUCGGCAAGGAAGCUGCC